AUUUUGCUGUAUCCAUGUCUGGGCGCAGUCAAGGGAAAUGCUGUCCCAUAGCAGCCUAGUCAAUUACCAAGAAGCGUUUAAGUUCAACCCAAACCCAGUUGUUUUUUUUUUUUCUUUUCGAUGUAUCAUAGCUUCUUUGGAGACUCGGAAUUCUUCAGAUUCUCCCUUCAUGCUUCUGCAGAUCCCAAUGGUGCUUAUCAAAAAGCAGGUUGCUUGAUUAUUCAUCUCUUAGAAUUUGUUCAAUGGCUGUUGCGGGAUGUGCAUACGAUGUUUUUUUGAGCUUUAGGGGUAAAGACACCCGCAAGACCUUUACCGAUCACCUCUAUGUAGCUUUGGUCCAAGCAGGAUGCCACACUUUUAGAGAUGAUGAUGAAAUUGUGAGAGGAGAGGACAUUGAAUCGGAACUGCAAAAAGCCAUUGAACAGUCAAGGAUUUCAAUAGUUGUGUUCUCAAAAACUUAUGCUUGCUCGAGAUGGUGCCUUGAGGAGCUUGUGAAGAUCCUCCACCACAAAAAGACAUCUCGGCACGAAGUUUUACCUAUUUUCUAUGACGUGGAUCCAUCUGACGUUAGAAAGCAAACAGGGAGUUUUGCUGAGGCAUUUACUAGACAUGAAAUGCGGUUGGGGACAGAAACCAAUGAAAGAAAUGAGGAGUGGAUGAAAAAGUUGGAGCAUUGGAGGGCAGCACUCAGAGAUGUUUCAAAUUUGGCUGGGAUGGUCUUGCAAAAUGAAUUUGACGGGUAUGAGGCAAAGUUCAUCCAAAAAAUUGUCAACGUGAUCAGAGAUAAAUUGAAUCGCAGAGACUUGAGUAUUAGCCCCUUCCUGGUUGGAAUACUUCCACAAGUACAAAUAAUUAAUUUGUGGAUGCAAGAUGGGGCGAUGGAUGCUAGUAUGAUCGCAAUAUGUGGGAUGGGUGGAAUAGGAAAGACAACCAUUGCUAAGUCUGUCUAUAAUCUAAACAGAGAAAACUUUGAUGGUAGUAGCUUUCUUGCGAAUAUCAGGCAACGUUCGCAGGAACCAAAUGGUUUAGUUAAACUGCAACAACAGCUAAUUUCUGAUAUCGGGAAAGAGCAAAAGCCGAGCUGUGUUGAUGAAGGGAUUAUUAAAAUUGCUGAUGCCAUAAGUUGUAAAAGACUUCUCCUUGUUCUUGAUGACGUGGAUCAAGUUGAUCAACUACAUGCAGUGCUUGGAAUGCGACGCUUGUUUACUCCAGGAAGUAAAAUCAUUGUAACAACUAGGCACGAACGGUUGUUAAAUCCUCGUGAAGUUCAUAAGGUGCACCGGGUCAGUCCUCUCAACAAUGAGGACUCACUUGAGCUCUUUAGUUUGCAUGCGUUUGGACAAGCUCAUCCCAUUGACGAUUUCUUGGAAUAUGCUAUGAGAGUAGUACAUUACUGCAGAGGACUUCCUUUAGCUCUUCAAGUUUUGGGUUCUGCUCUAUCAGGGCGAAGUGUAGACGUAUGGGUAAGUGCUUUGAAGAAAUUGGAAGCAAUUCCUGAUGGUCAAAUCCUUAGAACACUUAUGACAAGCUACGAUUGUUUGCAAGAUGAUCAUGACAAAGAGUUGUUUCUCCACAUUGCGUGUUUCUUUGUUGGUCGGGAUAGGGAUUGGACAAUUAACAUCUUAGAUGAAUGUGAUUUCUACACAACAAUUGGCAUUCAAAAUCUGAAAGAUACGUGCCUACUAACCAUCGAUGUGUUUAACAACCUUGAAAUGCACAAAUUGCUUCAGGACAUGGGAAGAGAGAUUGUUCGACAGGAAUCGCUGAAGGAGCUUGGGAGCCGUAGCAGAUUAUGGCGUGAUAAUGAUUCCUUUAAGGUGUUGAGAGAAAAAUCUGGCACGUACAAAAUCGAGGGCCUGAUCCUAGACAUGCAUAAGAUAGAGGAAGAUAAGGCUUCCACUACAAGAUGUCGUGUUGAUGGUGGAAAAAGCAACAAGGACGGAAAAACUCUGGACAAAACAUUCUUAUCAGACAACACUUCUGCAAGAAAUUCAAACACGUCAAAACAUGUGGUGAUCGAUGCGUUUUCAGACAUGGCCAAUCUAAAACUACUCCAGCUCAACUAUGUUCAAAUCAGUGGACCCUUUAAAAAGUUUCCUAACAAAUUAAGAUGGUUGUGUUGGCAUGGAUUUCCUUUAAGAACUAUACCAAGUGAUUUUCCUAUGGGCAGCUUGGUUGCUUUGGACUUGCAGUAUAGCAAUUUGAAACGAGUUUGGGAAGGAACUAAGUUUUGUAAGACAUUGAAAAUACUUGAUCUCAGUCAUUCCCAAGAGCUUACGAAAACUCCCGACUUCUCUGGAGUUCCCAAUCUUGAGGAAUUGAUUCUUGAAGAUUGUGUAAAUUUGGUUAAGAUUCAUGAAUCCAUUGAGAAGCUAGAAGGCCUCAUUCUCCUAAAUCUAGAAGAUUGUAAAAAUCUCAAGAACCUUCCUCGUAAUAUUUGUAUGCUAAAAUCUCUCAAGACACUCAUCAUCUCUGGCUGCUCAAAUCUUGACUGGUGGCCAACAGAGGGGCAGAAAAUAGGUUCUUUGAAAGUGCUUCAUACUUAUGGGGUUCGUGUUAAGCAAUCUGCUUCCGAGGUGGUCAAAUCAUGGCAAGGAAUAAUAAGGUCGCGCUCAUCGAAGCCCCGGAAAAGCCCAGAUAUUUCCUCUUUUCAGUUACCUCGCUCUUUAGUGAAAUUAAGUCUUGCAGGCAGCAAUCUAUUCAAUGAUGAUUUUCCCUUGGAUUUUAGUAACAUGCCCUUACUGGAGUACUUGGAUCUAAGUGCAAAUAAUAUCUGUAGCCUGCCAGAGAGUGUUAGAGAUCUUACUGGGCUGCGGAAGCUUCUUGUAGAUUCAUGCAAAAGGCUAACAUCUCUUACAGGGGUAUCAAACGUUGGACUCAAGCAGUUGAGUGUGAAAGACUGCCCAUCCCUACAAAAAGUGUCAUAUCAGUCGACUUUGUCUGGACCACUAACCAUUUUCUGUAGGGAUUGUGAAAAUUUAGUUGAAAUUGAGGGUCACUUCAAGUUAGAAUCUAUGAGCACGGCUGAUGUAGAGAACUUAAAGGCGUGGGGGUUUUCGAACAUAGAAGCUGUUGUUCCUUGGUACAACAUGUCUGCAAGUGAACUUGUGAAGUGGCUCUCUCUCCAUGUCUCUCUCUCUCUCUCUCUCUCUCUCUCUCUCUCUCUCUCUCUCUCUCUCUCUCUCUCGUGUUUAUUUUUUCUUACAAAUAAUGUUAUUUCUGUGACGCAGAAAUUGUUUGAAGGUGGUGUAUACAGUUAUUUCCUUCCCGGGGAUGAGAUUCCAAGUGUGUUUAGCAUUAAGGCCAAAGGGUCCUCCCUAUCGUUUCUUGUUCCUUCACGUGCUCAUUACAAGAUCCAAGGCUUCGUUAUAUGCUGUAUAUAUACAACUUGGAAGAACGUAGUAACUGUUUCUGAUUUUCUUGCGCCAUUGACAACUAAGAUAGACAAUAAAACGAAGCAUGUUAAAUGCGCGCAUUGCCCAGUGUCUAUUGGUAUUCCGAAAGCCAAUGAAAAUAUGAUAUGGAUAAGUCAUUGGAAUUCCAGGGAUCUGUUGGAUGGUGGUGAUGAGGUAGUGGUUUCAGUGCAUCCGAUGGAAUUUUAUGUUGGACUCACUCAAGAAAAGGGUAGAUGUACUUUUGAAGUAAAAGAGGUUGGAGUUAUUUUUUUGUACGAGUGUCAAGGGGAGAUAGCAACUCAUGAACCCUUCGCUUGCAAAGAUAUUGUUCCUGGAGAUUUGUCACCACAGGAAAUGCUGUACUCAGUUGGCGGACGCUCCGUGGAGAGACACAAAAGGCACUCUUCUGGUGGUCCGCUGCAGAGUGCUUAUUAUACGUUAGCUAGGGGAAUGUGAUUGAAUACUCAGAUCUACCAUUGUAAACAAAGACUGUUGUCCUCUUGUCUCAAGGUGGAGAGCUUCGGUGGUUUUGCAACAUUUUUGUGAAGGCUUUGGAACUUUUUGGGACACGUAACUCUUGUAUAAGUUGUACUCCUUUUACUCGAGCCAAGAGUUGGCAAGGCAAUAAAAUCAAAUGAAGUUUGUUUCAUGUUAAAAUCAAGACAUACAUCCACUAAUGUAUACGCAGUACUACUAUAGUUUCAA